GAACUGCAUUUGAUGACAGUCAACAUGGCGUUCAGUUUUGGCGGCGCGGCGAGUAACGCAGCAGCAAACACGUCCGGGUUUUCAUUCGGUUCAUUUGGUCCCAAAACCACUGCAUCCACAGCAUUUGGCUUUGGCCCCGCAGCCACUACCACCACCGCCUCAUCCGGAUUCGGCACUCUUACAGCUCCUGGCUUCGGGGCAGCCACUACCACUGCUGCUGCACCAGCCACAGGAUUCAGUUUUGGCUCCACCAACACUGGAUUUGGGGGGCUGGGAGCUGGAAACACCACGGCUGGUGGGUUUAGUUUUGGGGGGUUUGGUUUAAAUGCCAACCCAGCGGCAGUCAGCUUUAAUGUGGGGUGCUUUGGUACAGCAACCACCACUGGCACUGUUUUCAAUUUUGGUAAUAGCCUGGCUAGCACAGGUACAUUUGGUGGCUUUGGGACGACUACAACAACUGCUGCUGCGCCAGGGUCCACUUUUAGCUUUGCUGGUCCCGCAAAUACCACAGGAAGCCUGUUUGGUAACACACAGAACAAAGGGUUUGGGUUUUCCUCCGGGCUUGGCACUGGGACUGCUGCUGGGACAGGAGGAUUUGGAACUGGAUUAGGAACAACUGGCCUGGGUGGGUUUGGAGGCUUUAAUAUCCAGCCAACUCAGCAGCAGCAAGGUUUGUUUGGCCAGCAGCAACCGGGUCAGCCUCAGCCCACCCAGCUUUACCAGCAGGUCACCGCUCUGUCAGCACCCACCUUGUUAGGAGAUGAGCGCGACUCCAUCUUAGCCAAAUGGAACCAACUGCAGGCAUAUUGGGGCACUGGGAAGGGCUACUACAGCAACAACAACCCGGCAGUGGACUUUACCCAGGAGAACCCAUUCUGCAGGUUCAAGGCGGUGGGCUACAGCUGCGUCCCAGUCAGUAAGGAUGAGGAUGGGUUAGUUGUCUUGAUUCUCCAUAAAAAGGAAGCUGAUGUGCGAGUGCAGCAGCAGCAGCUGGUGGAGUCCCUCCACAAGGUCCUGGGAAGCAACCAGACACUCACUGUCAAUGUAGAUGGUGUCAAAGCCCUCCCAAGUGACCAGACAGAGGUGAUCAUUUACGUGGUGGAGCGUUCUCCUAAUGGCACCUCCAAGCGGAUCCCCGCCACCACACUCUUCAGUUAUCUGGAGCAGGCCAACAUCAAGAUGCAGCUCACACAGAUUGGAGUGGCCAUGUCCGUCACACGCACAGAGCUGUCUCCAGCACAGCUCAAACAGCUGCUGCAAAAUGCACCUGCAGGAGUGGACCCCAUCAUUUGGGAACAGGCUAAGGUGGAUAACCCUGACCCAGAGAAAUUAAUCCCAGUACCCAUGGUGGGUUUUAGGGAGCUGCUUCGCAGGCUGCAGAUCCAGGAACAGAUGACCAAACAGCACCAGACUAGAGUGGAUAUUAUCUCCAACGACAUCAGUGAACUGCAGAAGAACCAGGCGACCACAGUGGCCAAAAUCGCCCAAUACAAGAGGAAGCUGAUGGAUCUGUCUCACAGGGUGCUGCAGGUGCUGAUCAAACAGGAGAUUCAGAGAAAAAGUGGUUACGCAAUCCAAGUGGAUGAGGAGCAUCUGCGGGUGCAGCUGGACACCAUUCAGUCUGAACUCAAUGCCCCCACACAGUUCAAGGGUCGGUUGAACGAAUUAAUGUCCCAAAUCCGGAUGCAGAAUCACUUUGGAGCUGUUAGAUCAGAAGAGCGCUACAGUGUUGAUGCAGACCUUCUCAGGGAAAUAAAACAACACUUGAAACAGCAGCAGGAUGGUUUAAGUCAUUUGAUCAGCGUCAUCAAAGACGACUUGGAAGACAUCAAACUCAUAGAGCACGGACUAAGUGACAGCGGACACAUGAGAGGAGGCAUCCUGAGCUGAGUCUAUCCUACCAACACACACGCACACGCAUGCAUACACAGUUCACAGUCCUCCUGAAAAGUGGCAUGCCUGUCACCCAGACGAGUCAACACGUCCUUUUUGACAUGGUAUCGGAUUAAUCUUGAAGCAGUCUUUCGUCUGUAGGGUUAUUAUCACAGGAGGUCGUAAUAAUAUUUGCUCUCUUUAUCACCAUUUUGGUGAGUUGAUCGGGACUUUGCCUCUCUAUCUGUACCAACAAAGCAACGGCUGGUUAAUCUGUGCUCUCUGGACUGAUAUGGAAAGCUUAAUGGAAAGACUCAACAUUGUCUAAUAAUAGCUGGCUUCCCUUAUGAUAAAUCAGAUUAUGGAUAUGAGACUAUAAUUGUGACUGGCAUGUAAACAAGGUGUAGGAUUGAGUGUGUUGUAAUUGAAUACAUUGUAAAUACAUCUUUGUAUUUGUUUUUUAUGCUGUUGUUACAAUAUUAAUAAAUUUCAUUUAAACUGAAAAAUAA